AUGACUCUCACCCUCUCUUGGCGCUUUUCUGUGGAUCAGAUGUUAGAUUUCUGCAGUUGGCUUUUCAUAUCAAUCGGAUUCUGUACCCCAAUCUUAUGUUUUCUCUGCUUGCCGACUAACAAGCACGUCGAAAUUGGGCCCGCGGCCACAGACGCCUUCCUCUACGGGCUGAUAUUCGGACUUUUGAAAUCCUUUCAGGGCGCGGAGCUUGACACCUGUUUGGGCAGUGCUCCCGCACCCAUCCUGUUCGGACUUGUGGGACUUCUGCUCGUGCAAAUUGAACAAAACGAGUCUUUCGACACCCAGGACAAAGAUGACAUUGUUUUCGUGAUCUAA